AUGUCCGACACGAGCUUGAAAUGGGCCGAGUCGACCUCUACAGACAUCCAAGUUGAGGCUUACGAGAUGAGGAAUGAGGAGGCAUCAAAUUCGCCACCCAGUGGCAAGUGCCGGCGACGUACUUUCGCUCCACUAGCUGGACAAGGUGAUAUACUAGCUGCGAUGAUCCAUAUUAAGGUCCCAGAAGGCGUGCAUGAAAAGUUUACCUUGAGCCGCGGGUACCCGGGUUAUACCCGGUAUGUACCGGGUUUUGUCCAAAAUCCGGGUACGGGUACGGGUAUGGGACCCUCGCCUAAAUGGGAUACAGGUAGGAUACGGAUACUACUAUCAGUCCGAUCAGGCGGUAUCGGUGUCUUGGCUGGCCGGGUUGACGAUAUCCGUGACCAGGGCGGUGAUCGCGCCCCGGACUACCCGGAGGGACCCAGAUGCGAGGAUAUUCUGCAGAAGAACCUUGGGACCUGUUGGUUUUCCGCUGUCCUAUGUGCCAUCACGCGCGUGUCCCAGGAUGCCAUCAAGAAACGCAUCAUCUCCCAAGAGGCCAUCUCAAAGCGGGCGACCACAGCCCAAUGCAAAGGGGGCAAUUCUGCUAAACUCGCUACAUUCAGGAUCACAACCCCCAGAGAACUCUUCAAAAACGAUCCUCCAGUACACGCCGACGUGACAGUCGCCUUAGCCGACGUGAUGAAGCUGGACAACGAACAUACGAGUUCUCUCAAAUCCACAGGAUGGUGGGUCGCGGGAUUCGAGCAAGCCCCAUUGAAGAAAGGCUUUAACAAGCCCCUGGAUGAGUUUCCCAAGGAGGAUCGCACCUCGGGAGACGCCUUGUGGAUGCUCACUGGCAAAAUGCCAAUGUCCAUCCCCAACGAGCCGAGGGAUGCGUUCCUGAAAUGCGACAAGUCGCCUGUUGUGGUCGGCACUUUCGAACACCUACCGAAAGAUCAUAUCCUGAGAUGGGCUAAACAUGUGUACACAGUGAUAUCCACAAGUGUGGAGGACGGGGUGAAGAUGGUCCACCUGUACGAUCCAUUCGGACACUACAUCAAGCACAAGCUCGACCAGAUCCUUCCCGAGAUCCAGUAUAUUUAUCACCUGGUUGACUUCGUGCCCCCAGCCUAG